UGGAAGCGCGCCGCGUGUGAGUAACAGUAAAAACCGCUGCAUCUCCUAAAUCGAAUAUUGAUGAUAGUACAUAAUAUUAUUAAAAUAUUCAACCACGGAAUAAAUCAAGUGCAACUGCAUGCGCUGCAGAAGCAAGCAAAAAUAAAGCAAUUGAACCGCAAAAGUGAGAGAGUAACUGCAAAUAGUUUCGCCUGUGUGCGUGAGUGAGUGAGUGAGUGAGUGGUCCGAAUCAGACGGUGAAAAUAAUCGUGGCAAAAGCAAAAGCGACGGCGACAUUUUAUACACGUAUCAGAAGCAAACUCAACGUGUUUUGAGAACGUUGUACUGAACGCGUUGUGGCUAUCGCAUACAUAUAUAUAUAUUUAUAUGUACAAAUAUCUUCAUACGCAUACAUAUAAACCAUAAGAAGUUUGAGUGAUCUUUUACGUACAUUCAUACAAACAUAUACAUACAUACAUAUGAAUGUAGAUGCGGGCGCGAAAUUAAGACGCAUACUAAAUAUUUAAAACGCAAUUGAAAGCACAACGUCGUUAACUUUAAAGAUUUGUCAGCUAACUACGUAGAGCAUCCGCAUACGCAUCACGCAUCCCGAGCAUUGCCAUCAAGAACGCAACUGUACCGCUUGGAUUGGCCGCACAAGGACAUAUUCAAUUGAGAAACUGACAUCAAAAAAAUUUGCUCACCCAACCCGCUCAUCGCUAACUGCGUUUUAGUUAGUGUGCCUGUGUGCGUGUGUGUGUGAGUGCGAGUGUGUGUGUGUCAGUUGGUGUGGGUAACGGUGUCCGUGUCGGUGUGUGUGUGUGCGUACCUCUCUGUAUCGCUCCGUCUCUCAACCGCUUGGCUUGCCACAGUAAAGCUUGGCAACAUGUUCAUCGAAGAUGAUGCGCAAAUGGAUAGCUUCUGGGUGCAGAGCGCACUGGGCGCCAUCAAGGCGCUGGCGUUCGUCUAUGAUAUAAUAACGCUGCCGGUCUAUUUGGUAAUGCAGGCGCCAUGGAAACGUCGACAGGACUCGCGGCGUGUCAAGGCAAAGAUUAUCAAGAGCGAUGAAACCGAGCUGACGUACCGCACCACGGAGCCGCCGCGCGAGGUCCAUGUGAAGAUGCUGCAGGAGAACAUUGAUACGCUCGAGAAGGUCUUCAACUAUGUGGCCAAGACACACUCGACCAAACGCUGUCUGGGCACUCGUCAGAUACUCAGCGAAGAGGACGAAACACAGCCCAACGGACGCGUCUUCAAGAAGUACAACAUGGGCGACUACAAGUGGAAGAACUUCAUCGAGGCGGAGCGUAUGGCGGCGAGCUUCGGACGUGGACUUCGCGAACUGGGCCAGGCGCCACGGGAAAACAUUGUCAUCUUUGCUGAGACGCGCGCCGAGUGGUUGAUAGCUGCCCAUGGCUGCUUCAAGCAGGCCAUGUCCAUCGUUACCGUCUAUGCAACGCUGGGCGAUGACGGUGUGGCCCACUGCAUAAGUGAAACUGAAGUUACAACUGUUAUCACCUCGCACGAUCUGUUGCCAAAGUUCAAGACCCUGCUGGACAAGUGCCCGAAGGUGAACACCAUCAUCUAUAUGGAGGAUCAGUUGCAUAAGACCGAAACAACCGGCUUCAAGGAAGGCGUUAAAAUCCUGCCGUUCGCUCAAGUUGUAAAAAUUGGCAACGAUAGCAAAUUUGAGAAUGUGCCACCAAAGGCCGAGGACACUGCCAUCAUUAUGUACACUUCCGGCUCGACGGGCACGCCGAAGGGUGUCCUGCUGUCGCAUAAGAAUUGCAUUGCCACAAUGAAGGGCUUCUGCGACAUGGUUACCAUUUAUCCGGAAGACGUGUUGAUUGGCUUCUUGCCGCUGGCGCACGUGUUCGAGCUGGUGGCUGAGAGUGUUUGCCUGAUGACGGGCAUCUCCAUUGGCUAUUCGACGCCGCUGACGCUUAUCGACACCAGCAGCAAGAUUAAGCGGGGCUGCAAGGGCGACGCUUCGGUGUUGAAGCCCACAUGCAUGACGUCAGUGCCGCUGAUACUCGAUCGCAUCUCCAAGGGCAUCAACGACAAGGUCAACUCGGGCUCACCAUUCAGGAAGGCGCUCUUCAAAUUCCUCUACCAGUACAAAGUCAAAUGGGUACAGCGCGGAUAUCGGACACCGCUAAUUGACAAGUUGGUCUUUGAGAAGGUGGCCAAGCUGAUGGGCGGCAAGGUGCGCAUUAUUAUGUCCGGCGGUGCGCCGCUUUCGGCCGACACGCACGAGCAGAUCAAGACGUGCCUGUGCGUCGAUCUAAUACAAGGUUACGGACUGACAGAGACCACGUCCGGGGCCACAGUGAUGGAUGCCCGAGACAUGACCUAUGGCCGCACUGGAGGACCGCUGACUGUGUGUGACAUUCGGUUGGUCAACUGGGAGGAGGGCAAUUACCGUGUUACCAACAAACCCUAUCCACAGGGCGAAGUUGUGAUUGGUGGCGAUUGUGUGUCGCAAGGUUACUAUAAACUGCCUGCAAAGACCAAUGAGGACUUUUUCGAAGAGGAUGGUCGCCGUUGGUUCAAAACCGGCGACAUUGGCGAAGUGCACUCAGAUGGCGUACUUAAGAUUAUUGAUCGUAAGAAGGAUUUGGUUAAGCUUCAGGCAGGUGAAUAUGUCUCCCUGGGUAAAGUUGAGUCAGAGCUGAAGACAUGUGGCAUUAUCGAGAACAUCUGUGUCUAUGGCGAUCCAACCAAACAAUUUACCGUCGCGCUGGUCGUGCCGAAUCAGAAACAUCUGGAAGAGUUGGCCGAACGGAAUGGACUAAAAAACAAAACGUUCGAGGAGUUGUGCUCAUCGCCAAUCAUGGAGAAGGCCAUACUCAAGGAAAUCAGCGAACAUGCGCGGAAAUGCAAAUUGCAGAAGUACGAGGUGCCCGCUGCCAUUACGCUGUGCAAGGAAGUUUGGUCGCCAGAUAUGGGCUUAGUGACGGCUGCUUUUAAGCUGAAGCGCAAGGACAUCCAGGACAAAUAUCAGCACGACAUUAAUCGCAUGUACGCUUCAUGAAAGUCAAUGUAUUGAGGAUCAGGAGCAGCAGUGAAGCUAAUUGUGUACUAAAUAUUAUAACAAUUGUUUUAGUAUAGCUCAAAAAGGAAACAUGCGUUAUUCAAAACCAAACUAGCUUAAGUACUAAAAGAUCUAAAAACCAAAUAGGCACACAUCAACAGCUUCGCCUGUAAAGAGAACAUUUGUAUUAAGAAAUUGGUUGAUUUUAUGUGCUAUUAUUCUUUGCUUUUCUAUAUUAUAAUAUAAAUAAAAAACUAUGUAUCGAGUUUUUAGACAUAUAUAUAUAUAUAUAUGUAGCUUGGUUUGGUUACCAUUGUUUUGUAACAUGCUGUUGAUGUUGAUGAUAAUGAUAAUGCUAAUGAUAAUGAUUACGAAUGAAUGACAAUGAAGAAUGAAAUAAGAGUGGAUAAAAAGCGGUUACGAUUGAUGUACAGUUUUUGGUUUUUAGUACACUGUUGUGACAAGUGGAAAAUUGCGUAAAACAAGAUUAUAAAUACAUUUUUUUUUAUAAAAAAACAAAAUGAAAAAAAAACUAAGCUUAAGUGGUUGCCUAAUAAUUAUGUACAUAUUUACAUAUACACACAAUCGCGUAUAUAUCAAAAUCUAAUCGUAGAUUUGAGUAUACACAUAGAGCGUACUUCUUUAAAUUUAGUUUAAUAAAUGGCAAAUAUUGAAGUAAUGAAUUGUAGCAAAUAUUAGAACACAAAACAACAUUGUCUGAAUUAAAAUGCAAAAUGCGAACACAAAUUACACAAGACAACAAUGUAUUUCUUUUUACUCUCUGCUGGGAACACCAACUACUGAGAACCCUCCAUGUGCACAGAAAGAAGGUAACACGAAAUGAUUGUAAAUGUAUGUAUUUUUUCUAGGUAUACUAAGUAGUAAGAGCAACAAUUGCAAUUGAAAUUCAUAAUCAGCAUAAGAAAGACUUAGUGCUAAAGUAAAAAUUCAAACUUGAAUUAAGUGCAAAUAAAUUCGAUUAUAUAAAUGUUAGUCAUUAUUUUAGUUAACUAAAAAAAAAAAACAAAAAACAAAAAACAAUACAAAAAUUACAACGAAACGUUGCGUUUCGAGUACGAUAAAUUCUAGUUUACGAAGGUAAAGCAUAUUUCAAAUAUCGGCAUUAAUUUCGUGUGCUAAGUAUUUAUAUACUAUUAUUAUGCAUCAUAUUUUAGAUGGCAUAUUUUAUUUGCUAGUGUUAUUAGAAUGAGUUACAUGCAAAACAAAACGAAAGUCGUACAUUAAGCAAAUUACAUUAUUGUAUAUUUGGGUGUAUAAAUUAUGAGAAUGAUUAAUAAACAUAUUUAAAUCUAUUAAUACAUA